AUGGCAGACAGUGGCAAGAUGCUCGAGGCCCCGGCCCAUUCGCGGGUGGCGCCCGUCUCGACGCCUGCGCAGUCGAAGCCGAAAAAGGUGCAUUACCCAUUUUGGUUUGGAGGUUCGGCCUCGUGUUUUGCGGCGGGUGUGACGCACCCUUUAGAUCUGGCUCCCGGACUUCUGUCCGCAGGUGUCGCCCCUUCGAAUCGAAUGCUGAUCGAAGCCCUUGUCGCAUUGCAGGUCCGGUUACAAACACGCGCCCCGGAUGCCCCGAAGACCAUGCUGGGCACCUUUGGACAUAUCGUGAGACAUAAUGGAUUUCUUGGUUUAUACAGUGGCCUGUCGGCUGCUAUUUUGCGUCAAAUGACAUACUCCACUACUCGAUUUGGCAUUUAUGAAGAAAUGAAGAGCCGCCUCUCGAAGCCCGAUUCCGGCUCUGGAUCUUCUUCCCCGGGACUCCUUACCCUUGUCGGAAUGGCCUGCACCUCCGGGUUCAUCGGUGGAAUUGCAGGCAACCCGGCCGAUGUCCUCAACGUCCGCAUGCAGUCUGACGCUGCUUUGCCCGUGGAACAGCGUCGUAACUAUAAACACGCUUUCGAUGGUCUGGUGCAGAUGACUCGGACAGAGGGUUUCGGUUCUCUCUUCCGCGGUGUUUGGCCGAACUCGACUCGCGCAGUGUUGAUGACUGCGUCACAAUUAGCUUCUUACGAUACCUUCAAGAAGAUCUGUCUGGAGAAAUUUGGCAUGAGCGACAACUUGGGUACUCACUUUUCUGCCUCUUUCAUGGCCGGCUUUGUUGCGACCACCGUCUGCAGCCCCGUGGAUGUGAUCAAGACUCGCAUCAUGUCCGCUUCUCCAGCUGAGAGCCGCGGCCACAGCAUUGUGGGCCUGUUGCGUGACAUCUGCCGUAAAGAGGGUCUGGCCUGGACCUUCCGUGGUUGGGUUCCCAGUUUUAUCCGACUGGGUCCUCAUACCAUUGCCACUUUCCUCUUCCUGGAGGAGCAUAAGAAGCUCUACCGGAAGUUGAAUGGUAUCUAA